GGAUGGGAUGACAAGUAUUCGAUUUGCUAAAGGCCCUCUUGGUAUAUAAGAGGCAUAGUUAUUUAUUACAAAACAGUUUGCUAUUAAAAAAUGCGUACUAGCGACAACAUGACUGAACCUACAAGUCCUACACCUGAAGUUCAAUUAACACCACUUAUUCAAAUACUUUGUCGUUUCAAUGGAGGAUGUGCCCCGGAAUCACUUCAUCGCGAACUACGGAAAAAAUUUAAUGAAAAUAUCAAUUACUUGCAGACUCUUACUAGCAUGACAAAUGAUGAUGUUGCCAUUUCAGGAAUUGGUCAAAGAAAUUUUACUGAACCUAGAAAGAAAGCUCUACUCACAAAUCAUCUAAAGCAUCAACAGAUGGAAAUAUAUCCAAGCAAGUUAACGAAAAUGGGGGCUGAUCAGAUAUUUGCACUACGUGGAUACUUACGUGUUACAAUAAGACAAUAUUUUUAUGUUCGUCAUCGAAUUGAUAUUGCAUAUCCGCAAUUACCACUUAUUUGUGUUAUGUAUUGGAAGCAGUAG